AGAAAUACAUUGUGUGACUUCCAACUGAAAAAGAAACUGAAAGUGUGCAUCAGUGCUGAAAAAAAAGGGCGUGGAGAUGACAGACAGACAUGAGAACAGCAUAUCUAGGAAUAACAAGAGAAAGACUGAGGGAGAGUGAAAGAGCGAGAGCAAGAGAAAGAGAGAGAAAUAGAGCACGAGAGAGAGCGACAGAGAGAGAGAGAGAGUCAGAGAGAGAGAGAGAGAGAGAGAGACUGCUCAGUGUUACAGACACAGGUCAAGAUGGCGGAGGAGUGUGUGGUUCCAAGGCCUCGGGGCCAUGUGCCGGUGGUGUGUGCAGGGGUGUUAAGCAGUCUGGCGCUGGUGACAGUUUGGCUGCUGGAUUCCAGGUUCACGAUGGAUGAGUUAACACUUCUCAUAGCACAGGUCAUAUUCACUCUGAGCCUGGGGGUGACACUGCACAACCUCUGCCUGCUUACUGAAGAGUGGCUGUUUCAUUCACAACAGAGGUAUGGUGGCAGCAUCCAGCAGAUGCUCCAGGCUUGUUUCAGCCGUGCUCAUGUAGUAGCAAUGUGCGUGGGCUUUUUGCCGCUGCUGGGACAUUCUGAAUGGACAAAUGAGAAGUGGGUCUUAUAUGUCUUAACCAGCACUUCCUACCUGCUGCUGAAGACCUUUGGAUGUCUGGGCCCUGUGCCAGUGGAGAUCUCAGAGGUGUGUGAGAGCAGGAAGCUGAAUGUAGCUCAUGGCUUAGCCUGGUCCUAUUACCUAGGUUAUCUAAAACUUGUAAUACCAGUGCUGGAGGAACAGUUGAGGAAACACUACAACCAGAACGGAGAGAUUCUCCACUCUUCCCGGCUGCACAUCCUCCUGCCUCUAAGCGCAGUGGUCCCAGCCAAGGUGGAGGAAGAGGACCAUAACAUAUGUUUCCACCAGAACCUCCCGGACAUACAGCUCGACCGGGCUGGUGUCAGGAAGAGAAUCUACAAAAACAGCAUCUACAAAAUCACUGACAACCAACAAGAGCCGUAUUACUGUGUGGUGGAAUACGCCACUCCUCUGCUCACGCUCUAUCAGAUGUCUCAGGACAGCACUGCAGGGUUCAGCAUGCAGGACAGGAGACAGCAGGUCCUGCUCUUCUACAGGACUCUCAGCCAAAUCCUGGAAUGUUCUCUAGAGUGUCGCAACCGCUACCACCUUAUCCUGCUCGACGACCAGCGAGCUGAUGGUGACCCUCACUAUCUAUCCAUGGAGAUCAUCAAGCACUUACAGCAGCAAGAGCAUGAGAUCCCCAUGGACCUGCCGGAGGAACUGCCCCAGGCUGUACCAGAACAGGGCGUGAAUUAUAUCCACCAGCAGGAGGAGCCACUCAGCUCUCUGCCCAGCCUGAUGAUUAGUGCACCAUGUUCACUGAGAUCAGAACCUGUGGAGACUACAGACUACACCCACUAUAACCACAACAGACACAGAUAA